AUGCCGGCUCUCUGCUGCUUUCUGUUUGUGGCUAUGGCAGCUUCCUUCUUCCCCUCCGCCGUCUCGCAGCCCAACGAUUCCCAAUCCCUUCUUUCCCUCAAGCAAUCCAUCUCCGCCGACCAGUCCAACCUCCUCUCCUCCUGGCGCACCGGCUCCUCCGAUCACUGCUCCUGGUUCGCCGUCCUCUGCGACCCACUCUCCCGCCGCGUCGUUUCCUUGAACUUCACCCCUCCCUCCUCCUAUUCCCCACUCGUCGGCCUUCUCCCGGAUUCGAUCGGCGCCCUAACCGCCCUCCGCACCCUCGUCCUCUCCCGCCACCGCUUCUCCGGCCCCAUCCCUUCCUCCAUCUCCAACCUCCGCUCCCUCCGCCUCCUCGACCUCCAUGCCAACAACUUCUCCGGCCAAAUCCCCAACCAGAUUUCCUCCCUCCCCUCCCUCGCCCUUCUCAACCUCUCAUUCAACUCCUUCUCCGGUCAGAUCCCCUCCCGCUUGAUUGGCGCCGGCUCUUUCGCCGCCAUUGACCUCUCCAACAACCAGCUCAAAGGAGAAAUCCCCAUCGCUCGCCCACUUGAUUGCUCCCGCCUUAUCCACUUGAAGCUCUCCAACAAUUACCUGGAGAAGAUGAUCCCCCCUGAGAUCGGCCAGUGCAGCAACUUGAGGACGCUGUUGCUCGACGGCAACAUCCUCCAAGGCUCCAUCCCGCCAGAGCUUGGUCAGAUCUCGGAGCUCCGAGUCCUUGACCUUUCAACCAACAGCCUCACUGACUCCAUCCCCAAGGAGCUCGGCAACUGCACGAAUCUGGCCGUCCUCGUGCUCACCAACGCCUCCAACUUUGUUGUCGCUGGAGACACUAUCGGCGAUGAUUCGAGGUUAGAGUUCAAUGCUUUCGAGAGGGGAAUCCCUCAUCAAGUGUUGGCGCUCCCCAGUUUGCAGAUUCUGUGGGCACCCAGAGCCAAUUUGGAUGGAACGCUGCCUUCCAAUUGGACUGAAGAUUCCUCCUCCUCCUGUGCCCUUAGAGUCCUCCAAUUAGGACAGAAUGCCUUUACAGGCAUACUCCCACAGGGCCUUGGAGCUUGUAAGAACCUCACUCUGCUGGAUCUCAGUUUCAAUAACUUGACUGGUAAUCUCCCCACGCAGCUGCCAGUCUCAUGCAUGGUGUAUUUCAAUGUCAGUCAAAACCAUUUAUCUGGGAUUCUCCCAACCUUCCCCAAGGGCAAAUGUGAUGAUGCUAACAUGAUUUCCUACGGCAGCAACUUGGGUUUGGAGGAUGUACAGAUUGCAUACUCCAACAUUCCUGUCUGGGGGUCUCAAAUGAAUGCUCUUUUGGGUGGGGAUGAGGGUUUCCUGAUAGUCCAUGACCUCAGUUGGAACCAGCUGGCUGGCUCCUUGCCUGCCUUCUCAAUUGGUGAUGGCUUCUUGGCAGCUAACAAGAAAAUUGCAUACAGGUUGCUUCUCAACAACAACAUGUUCAAUGGGUCUUUUCCUGCUGACGAGCUAGUAUCAAGCUGUGAUGAUCUGUUCAGUUUGUCUGUUAACCUGAGUGCCAAUGUUCUCUCCUGCGAUAUCCAAGAAGUCAAGGUUCUGAAUUGCUCCAAGGUUAGGGAGUUUGAAGCAGCUCAUAAUCAGAUGCUUGGUUCGCUGACUCCUGCCAUUGGCAAUAUGGUCAAGCUUCAGUCUAUCGACCUGAGGGGAAACAGCCUCUCCGGUUCGCUCCCUGAUCAAUUCGGUGAUUUGAAGCUCCUCCAGUUCAUGCUUCUUGGAAGCAACAAUUUCACUGGAGGCAUUCCAUCUCAAUGGGGACAAAUGUCUUCUCUAGUGACUUUGGAUCUUUCUCAUAAUCUCAUCACAGGAUCAAUCCCUCAAAGUUUAGCAAAUGCGAAACACUUGGAAACUGUGUUGCUUAACAACAAUGGUAUUUCUGGAGAGAUACCCUCAUCCUUUUCCAGCCUUUCAAGUCUGAAGGAUCUAGACGUUUCUUUUAAUAAUCUCUCUGGCCCCAUACCGCCUCUCCUCUACCAGAUUGAUUGCAGCCAGUUCACUGGCAAUGCAUAUUUGGCUAAGUGUUCAGAGCCACUGGCAAGCUCACCUCAGUCAUCAGUAGAUGAAAGCCAAGUAUUGCAGCAUCAAAACAAUAAUCGGGCAUUUAUUAUUGCGUUGGUAACCUCUGUUUCUAUCAUACUGGCUGUCUCAUUGGUUGUGGCUAUAUGGAGGAUGUAUCGGAAGCGCAGUUCAAGCCAGCUUUCUGGCUUGAGAGGCAAAGUGGUUGUGACAUUUGCAGAUGCUCCACCUGAGUUGACGUAUGAUAAUGUAUUGAGAGCAACAGGGAACUUCAGUGUCAGGAAUCUGAUCGGCACAGGCGGCUUUGGGGCAACUUACAAAGCAGAAAUAGUUUCUGGUUACUUUGUUGCGGUGAAGAGACUAUCAAUUGGGAGGAUUCAGGGGAGUAAACAGUUUGAUGCGGAGAUUAGAACGUUGGGCAGAAUCAGGCAUAAAAAUUUGGUGACUUUGAUUGGAUACUAUGUGGGGGAAUCUGAAAUGCUGCUGAUUUACAAUUAUCUCUCCGGUGGGAAUCUGGAUACCUUUAUACAUGACAGAUCUGGUGAAAAUGGACAGUGGUCGGUGAUUUACAAGAUAGCACUCGACAUAACACAAGCUCUGACAUACCUUCACUACUCGUGUGUGCCGCGGAUUCUCCAUCGAGACAUCAAACCUAGUAACAUAUUACUGGAUGAGGAGCUUAAUGCUUACCUCUCUGACUUUGGUUUGGCCAGGCUGUUGGAAGUGUCACAGACUCAUGCUACGACAGAUGUUGCUGGCACAUUCGGUUAUGUUGCGCCAGAAUAUGCAACCACGUGCAGGGUUUCCGAUAAGUCAGACGUUUACAGCUUUGGUGUGGUUAUGUUGGAACUGAUGUCAGGGAAAAAAUCGCUUGAUCCAUCGUUCUCUGAGUAUGGUAAUGGCUUCAACAUUGUGGCGUGGGCCAAGUUGUUGAUCAAGGAGGGACGGUCUUCUGAGCUCUUCUCUGCGGAGCUGUGGGAAACGGGGCCCAAGGAAAACUUACAGGGGAUGCUGAAGCUUGCUUCAGCAUGCACUGUGGAGUCUCUUUCUGUGCGUCCAUCUAUGAAGCAUGUUCUUGAAAAACUGAAACAGUUGAAGUACUGA